AUAAAUUCUGUUUCCCUCAAUGACAACACACUCUGCUGUUCACUGCCUGAACGGCUUUCUGUUCUGCUAGUAAACUGUCGCAGUAUAAAGAACAAAGUCGAUAGUUUCAUGUCCUUGGUAGCAACCAUUAAGCCUCAAAUUGUAAUGGGCACUGAAUCAUGGUUGGAUGACUCUGUGUGUAAUGUGGAAAUCCUUCCGCCAGGUUUUACUGUCUAUCGGAAAGAUAGACAUGGGCAUGGCGGGGGAGUGUUUCUUUUAAUAUCAAAUACAUCGCCAAGCACUGAAAUUCUUUUUGAAAACAACUCUGAAUCUGUCUGGUGCCUCGUGAAUUUACCCAAGGGAAACAAUGUCGCGUUUGGGACAUACUAUCGCCCACCGGGCAGAAGUGAAUCAUUCGGUUUUCUGUCUGAUGUGCUAUCUUUUAUGCCUAACAGCGUAUUUCUCGGUGGAGAUUUUAACUUGCCGAACUUCAAUUGGACUGCUGGACGCGUAGCUGGUGAUGGCUCCCGUAUCUACUCAGAGUUUGAAGAACUGCUCGGAUUGUAUGGUUUGCUGCAGUACGUGCUGGAACCUACACGAGAAAACUCAAUUUUAGACCUGGUGCUUUGCAAUGAACCAAACUUAGUAUCGGGGAUUACUGUUUGCCCAGGCCUCUCCGAAACCAGUAGCUGGAAGGGUGUCUGGGCUCCAAUGAAACCUCCUCUCGGAAAGCUGCUCACCACCAUCAUUGACCGGACGGACGGCGCCGAUGGAGGUUAG